GUUCUCCCCUUCACCCUCCGGGGUCAGGGGAUCGGUUUGAUCCACCGGGAAAUGGAUGGUCAGAUGUUUUUUAAAGGGGUGGGGUAUCUUUUCGGAAGAUUAUCUAGAUACCACGUGCGCGCGACGAAGCGACCAUAACCUCGUUGGAAUAUGGAGAAGGAACUUCUUAAGGCCCUCGUCGGAUUCUUCUCGACCCUUGAGAAAAUACAUGGGAAGUGGGAUCAACGGUGUCAGGGGGUGCAGGAGAGUCUCGAGGGGAUGAAAAAUUUUUCCGAGCAGUUGGAGCACGUCUUCAGCAGGGAGGUCGAUGAUGCAGAGAUCUGUGGAAUCGAGAAUGUGCGGGAGAGACUGGGAUUUAAAAUCGAGGUGAGGAUGGAGGAGGAGGUUUCAAAGGUCAGGGAGACUAUUCAGUACCUGGGGGAGUUGAAUCAGGAGCUGAAGAACAAAUUAAUUCAACUGGAGAAUGUAAGGAGUAAGGCCUCCGUUGAUGAUCCGAAAAUGAAGGAGAUCACCGAAGGUACUUCGCACAGACCUCGCUUGAACCUUCUCUUGGAGUGGGCCAUCGAUGCCCAAAAUUAUUACCAAAAACGAUACAACGAAAUUAAUGAGAGUUUCAAAGGUGUGGAUAAGAUGAAACGCGAAACAAUUCUGGAAUUAAUUGACGUCGUUGGAAGGAAAGGAGACAGAUCAGUAUUAAACCGAAUAUUGGGGUUCACGCAAUAUCUAGCGAAGGAAAAAAUCCGCUGAAAUUCCAGAAUGUAUCUCAAUAAAUUUAUAUUUUUUUCUCAACCAA